GCGCACUUCCAAAUAAGGUGCUCUUAAAUGAUCCAGUCGUUCGUGUGAAUAGCGCUGCUGCGUGGUGGUUCGCCGAAUCACAGUGCAACGUUAUUACUCGCUGGCGGGAACGUUGAAAUUUUUAACAAGGACUUUUUUACGAGUACUUUUGGUUUUUUAGUUGCACUUGAGCUUUCUUAUCGAUGCAGUAUCGUUGCGGCGUCCAAUCAUGAAUCAUAUUCGACCAGCGCGAAUUAUCUUUAUAUGCAUGUGUCGUAUACAAACACGUGGUAGAUUAGAUAGACUCGGUCUGAAAGAUAGAGUGCGGUUUUAGUAUAACGCAUGACAGCAUAACACUUGGUCAUUUAACAUGUAGAAAUAAAUAAUAACUGGCAAUAAAACGCAUGACAAUAUUCAAUGCGAUAUACAUGUAUCGAUACUCGACGCGUGGCGAUAUAACAUGACCAAUACGUAUAUAGCGCUUCAAGAGAUAUAACGCGUGGCGAUAUAAUGCAUGGUAAUCUGAUUAUUAAUCAUGUAACGUGUGGCAAUAUAACGAACGAAAAUUCACGUUUUAAUUUACGACUGUACUAUAUUUGUCAGUUAAACUAUACAGUUAGCGGUAGGGGAUAGCAGUCAGCGUCAAUGUCUUGACGAUAGCAGAACGAUUAAUCGGAACGUGGAAAUUAUUCCGUUACUUAGCUUUCUACGGUCUGUAAUUCGUAGAAUAAUCAGUUCUGGUAAAAUUACAAAUUAAUGAAGCGCGUUCAUUCUUCCACCGAAUUGGAGUGAAAUAGAGGAAAAACAUUCCGGAAGAAUAAUAAAUGGUUCGGUUUCGUAACCGAAGUAGGUGCAGAUAUGUCUUUCCGUGUAGUGCGUAGCAGUAAGUUCCGCCACGUGUACGGAACAGCAUUGAAACGUGAACAAUGUUACGACAAUAUAAGAGUGUCUAAGUCUUCGUGGGAUUCGACGUUUUGUGCCGUCAAUCCAAAGUUCCUUGCUAUCAUCGUAGAGUCCGCUGGCGGUGGUGCUUUCAUAGUGUUACCGCACAACAAAGUAGGAAGAAUACCAGCAGAUUACCCUUUAGUCGGUGGACAUAAAGGUCCCGUGUUAGACAUUGCAUGGUGUCCUCAUAAUGACAAUGUCAUAGCAUCUGGUUCUGAAGAUUGCGUAGUUAAAGUAUGGCAAAUACCGGAUGGUGGUAUUUCCAGGACAUUAACGGAUUCUGUAGUAGACUUGCAACUGCAUCAGCGCAGAGUAGGUCUUGUGCUAUGGCAUCCGUCAGCACUAAAUGUAUUGCUCACGGCUGGGUCAGACAAUCUUGUCUUGAUCUGGAACGUUGGUACAGGAGAAGCAAUAGUACGAAUAGAUUGUCAUCCUGACAUGAUUUAUUCCGCGUGUUGGAAUUGGGAUGGAUCCAGAUUAGUCACUACCUGUAAGGAUAAAAAAAUAAGAAUUUUGGAUCCAAGGACAGGAGAAAUGUUGGAAGAAGCCAUUGCACACGAAGGUAGUAAAGCUACACGUGCAAUCUUUUUAAGGGGAGGCUUGAUCUUUACCACAGGUUUCAGUAAAAUGUCCGAGAGGCAGUACUCGUUACGUGCACCUGAUAUGUUAGGUGAACCUAUAGUUAUGGUAGAAUUGGAUACCAGUAACGGAGUCAUGUUUCCUCUCUAUGAUUCCGAUACAAAUCUAGUGUACUUGUGUGGCAAGGGUGAUUCCGUAAUUCGGUACUUUGAAAUUACCCCUGAACCUCCUUUUGUUCAUUACAUCAAUACAUUUCAAACCCCUGAUCCUCAACGAGGUAUAGGAAUGAUGCCAAAACGAGGCUGUGAUGUUAAUAGCUGUGAAAUAACUAGAUUUUAUCGGCUCAACAACUCAGGUUUUUGCCAGGUUAUCUCCAUGACUGUACCAAGGAAGUCUGAAUUGUUUCAAGAAGAUUUGUAUCCAGAUACUCCAGGUGAUACCGCUGCAAUUUCUGCCGAAGAAUGGGAAAAAGGAACCGAUGCAGAUCCAGUACUGAUAUCUUUACGCGACGGUUAUCAGCCCUCGGCUACUAAAAAUGAACUGAAAGUUCAUAAAAAGUCGAACAUUCUAAGUAAAGGGGCGAAAGUUGCUUCUAAUUCUUCGCAAAAUGCUACGCAAGCUUCAGCUGGCAUUACAGAGGAACUAUUAAAAGAAUUUACGGAAGAAAUAAGAAAGUUGAAAGCGGUAAUCGUAAAACACGAGGGAAGGAUACGGGUGCUCGAAUCAGCUGUUGCUCUUCACAUGAAGGAAGAAGAGAGGAAAGAAAAAUCAUCUUCACCUACUGAUAGAGAGGUGCUUGCAUCCGAUGAGGUGUAAUUUUUGACUCAUAUUUUUAGCUCAUAAAAAUAAUGUGAAGAAACUAAUUAUGUAAUAAAAAAUGAUCAUAUAUUUUGAUAUAACAAUUUGUGUAAAUAGUAGGUUUUAGCUAUGUUGUGUGUCUUGAUUCUCUUUUUUUGCAAUUAUCUUUGCUAUUUAUUGUACAUCCAUUCAUCAUACAUCCUGUGCAUUUGUACUAUGUUUACAUCUUUUAUUUUGUUAAAUCAUGAUAUAUGACACUUGUUACUAGCAUUAAGAUUUCGAAUCUUAUAUCGUCUAAUACACAAGACUUUUUAUGUAUAUGCAUCUUCAUAAUUGUUCAUGACAAACGAGUGCCUAGUUUGUACAGAUACUUCAUUGUAAAAUAACGAAAAAUUAUUUUAUUCCUGGUACGAAUAAUGCAUAAUUUAUAUGCGUAAAUUAUGCUACGUGAAAUAAUUGAACAAACAACCGCUAUUUUACAGUUAAUGUGCAAAUAACAAGUAAGAUACCAAGUAUUUUUAACUAAUCUGUUUUUUGACAUUAUAAGAAAAA